GAGCGCUUAUACGAGCGACUUUUCUCGAUAAGACACCUCUUACAAACCGCUCAUCAGCUGGAAUUUCACAAAAUCGACAGGUAAUGUUUAAGCCGAUGGAAUGCAUCUUCUAGGUAGGUAUUGGACGGGUCGCGGAUCGCAGUCAUUGCCUAAAACGUUAUGCACCCUAGGACGCCGAGGAAAAAAGAAAGCGUUACUUUUAUUUCUUUUUUUAUAAUCAACGUUUGUUGCGGUUCUAAUGUCCAUCAGGAGGAGCUAGUGCCCCAAGGUAUGGACUCUUGUGGACAACGAAUUCUUUACCCAACAACCAGCAAUCACUAUGGAAUGGCCACUACAAGAAACCAUUUGAUAAGCAAGCGAAUAGUAGGUGGGAGAGUUAGUGUUGACGGUGCGUGGCCAUGGCAGGUUGCCUUACUGCUGGAUGAUAUCCAAGUUUGUGGAGGCUCGAUUAUACGGCCCAAUUGGGUUUUAACUGCCUGUCAUUGUUUCACAGAUUAUCGAUCAACAAAGGAUCCAACUCGCUGGAAAGUUAAACUUGGCACCGAUCCUCUUUCAUCAGAGUCAAUAAACUUUGAACAAGUAAGAGGAGUAAAGAAUAUCAUAUUGCACCCAAAUUACUGGGGUAAAACUGUUCAAGGUGUGCUAAUUCAGCCUCCAGAUUAUGAUGUAGCUCUUCUCGAACUUUCAAGCCCAGUAACUUUUAAUAUCUAUGUGCAACCUAUCUGUCUCCCCACGAAUGGCCUACCAUUACCCCCCGGAAAGAUCUGCUAUGUAACAGGAUGGGGAUCAAAUGGAUGGAACAAGCCGCCGUCGAAGUUUUUGCAAGAAGCUCCGGUACGCUUAGUUUCGCGAACAGAGUGUAACAAAAAGAAAUCCUACGAUGGGACUGUUCCAAUGACGGCUUUAUGCGCCGGAUACAAGGAUGGAAGGAUUGAUGCAUGUCAAAAAGAUAGCGGUGGACCGCUGGCUUGUGAAUAUGACGGACAUUGGUACCUCGUGGGCGUCAUAUCAUGGGGAAAACAUUGUGCGGUCCCAAAUAAAUACGGUGUUUACGCUGAUGUGCGAGUUCUAAACUAUUGGAUUGCUGGAGUUCUACAGUAGUUAUAAUACCCUGAACUCGCGAUUGUAUGUGGCUGUGAAGCGAGAAGUGAUUGUUGGUUACUUUUCCCAAUGUGUAUGCGCCUCCUUGUAGAAAAAGCAAAUAAAGUUCUAUUUCCAUCGAUUAAUUUGAGAA